GUUAGUCUGUGUUUUUCAUCUAAAGUUAGACUGUAUCACUUACGGGUUUUAAUGUUUCUAUUUUAGAAUCAGAGCCAUAUAGCAGACUCUUGGAGAGUUUUACAUUGUAUGGCUGGACAAAUAGAAUAUGUUGUUGGAAUGAUGGAGGUCUUACAAGAUUUAGUACUGACCUGUCUGCAGACUGGAGUAGAUGACAAGAAACAGACAAGUAGGCAAGGCAGCAGGGGGAGCUCACAGGGUAAAGGUCGUAAGAAUGUUGUAGAACAAUCAGCUCUUACUAAGAUGGUGAUGGCGUUCUAUCAGAAACUGAUGUAUGUAUGCGAGGCAAGGUUAACUAUGGCUGCAAGGUCACUAACAGAUUAUAUAGAGAGUAAACUAAAGUCAGCCCUCGAGUUUGACCCAGAUUCUGGACAACCUUAUCUUGCUAUUGAAGAUCAGUCAAUAUUUCGACUAGAGGAGAUGAAGAGUAUAAUGAGGAUAUUCCAGGACACGUUGAGCGGGGAUGUCAGGAGUGUAUGCCAGAACGUAGAGAUUAAAUAUCAACCAAAGAGGCUUCAAACACCACAGAUGAAAGUGGGAGAGUCAUUCAAGAAGAAAACCCCUCGUACACCUGGGACUAGGGGAUCUUUAGGUCAAUCCAGAGGAAGUAUGGACCAGCCACUAGAUCCAUAUCUGACACAACCUGAUGUCUACCAUCAGACUUCCAGACCCCCAAGUGUAGCCUCUAGUAUCCUUGACAACCCAGACUAUUACAGGACCAAACCUGCCAACAUGAUGACAAUCAGGGAAAAUGUGUAAAUUAUUCCACGCUAAUGUACAUCAGUUUUGAUUGUUAUGCUGCAUGAUAACUUAGAGAUGGUGAUUUUAUAGUCACGGCAACUGAAACUUCCAAGUGAAACCAUGAUGGUUAGUUAUCAAACAUGGGAAUUGAACACAAGUUCAUGUAAAAGGACGCCAUAUACAUAUUUUAUGCCCUGACAAGCUGGUUUAUUUCAUUGCAGAGUGGUUUUAUGCCCUAAAAGGGUGGUGCAUAUUAUGUUGCCCUUGUGCGUCACAAAACAUGCCUGUAGACUGUAUAAUGUUGGGGUAUUUGCGCCCUAUACACACAUUUCUAGUUUAAUUAUAAUGUGACUUAUUAAUUAAUUGAUCUUUCAUUAUUUAACAAGCUUCCAAUUAUUGUUAAGUAUUUAUGUUUUGAAUGUUUUGCCAUUAAAAAGUCAAUAAUAAUAUUGAUCUCAGUUUAUCUGAUGCCGUACACUCAAUAUAUAGAUGAUAUUGAGUGUAGGUCUAAUACUGAAUUUAUUGAACGAGUUGAAUAAAAUUAUAUUAAUACUGAAGUUGUUCAAUAAAUUCAGAAAUGAACCUACACAAAUGUAAUAUUCUAUUUAUCACAUACCCAAAAUAAGGACUGUAAAAAUUGCAAUGAAUCUUUUUUCAUUGAGUCAACAAACCUAUGUUUGUAUAAUGCAAGUGAAGUUAUGUCAAAAUAUAUGCACAGUCGUGCAAUACCAUUUUUACGGAGUCACAAAAUCGGAACAGAUAUGUGAUAAAUAGUAUUUAUAUUUGUUGGUAAAUUUCAGGUAUCAUUGUACAUAAAGUUAUUUUAUUUCAUCUUCCCUGAUGAAAAGUAUCAUUCAAGUAUAAUUGUCUGUAAUUUUAUGCAAAUUUUAAAUUAUCAAAGUUGUGCUUAAACUUUAACCUUAAACUUCUUAGACAUUUUUACUGUGAUAGCUGAUUGCCAAAAUUUUGUAUGUUUGCAUGAUUAUGUUAUUUCCAUUUAUAUGCCCUAAAU